CUCUGCUCGAAGUAUAGUGCAACUGGCUCUCUCCUGCCCGUGGACUAGUUAACACGCAUUGUGCUAGUGAACCAUGUAAAUCGCGUGUUGUGUGUUUAUUCUUGCUUUCGCUUUCUUGCUUUGUCGAAUUCCCCUAUUUCCCGGUCCACAGAGGAACCGUCGUGACAGACUGACAGUUACUAACUUCUAGCUGUACGUAGAUUACUAGUUUACUCCACAUAACAAGACAACUUGAUUAUAGAUGAAUGAUUCUCACAUACAAUUUUACAUUCAUCCAAAUUGGAUAGUACACCAAUCUCUUGAAAACCCUAAUAAUCAGACUAGCUACUUGCGGAAUAGUUGACAUUACCCAUAUUAUAUCAUUCCCAUUAUCCAAAGUUGACAUUCCCAAUCGCUCGCUACCUUGGAGAGACAUAUUCGUCUAGGCUACAUGCGUGAUACCUCUUCAACAUAAUAUUGCAAUUUGCAAACACACAAUCUUCUCCAUCGAUCAUAUUCGCACGAGAGAAUCAAUGGCUCUUCAGAUCUUGGUCGGGUCGAUUAUCCAACUUGAUGAUGAUCACAAUUCCUACGCAUCAGCCCAUAUGCCCUAGUGGCAAAGAAAAGUUGCCAUUAUUCACUAAGCACGAUUUCUUCAUCGAGUCGUUCAAGCGUGUCUUUCUGCUCAUGUAGCAUAACGACGUUGCCUCAACUGGCCUCAGCGGCGGCUAAAGGGCCAACAUAAGGGACGCUUCUGGUUCUGUCGGUGCUUGAAACAAUUUUGUCUUUUCCAUAUUACUCUAUCUCUAGAGUCAAUAAUUUUCUAUGAGGAACUACUGAGAGUUGGUUUGUUCUGCCAUUGCGUUUAACUAUGUGAUUAUACUAUAGCGCGAAUAGGACAAAUUCACAACGAGAGCCACGUGUACUCUUCAUCAAACAUUAAACUAUUUAUAGGUCAUUACUUACUUGGUAAUCAAUCGUUGGAAGAACCUGCUAGUGAUCACUAAACAAUCUUGUAUAAUACUCUCUAACGCAUAAUUACAAGAAAAAUAGCUUAAUGUCUCGCCCCUAAAAAUGACUGUCAGAAGGAACAAAACCAUUGCUAUUUGCUAGCUAGGCCUUUAUUUUGACGACUAGUUUGUUACUUUUGACAACCCUUUUUCCUUGCGACAAAGAACUUGUAAUCACGUUUAUCAGCUCGACGCAAAUUUUGCAAACAAGACAAGAUUUUUUUUUUCUAUUGUUUUAAGUACAUUAACACUUAAUUGAAGCAGAAAGGACAUGAUCAUCAGAUGACACCUAGUUAUAACUUAGUUUUUUCCCUUCUGUUCUUCAACUUUUCCUCCACUCUUUCCUUUCACAUAAUAUUUAUACUUUCGGCAGCAUUUUUUCCUCCAUUUAGGCUUAUCCACACACAUACACGAUGAAAAUGGAGGUAAAAAGGAAAACUCAAUAGAUUCUGCGGGGCAUCAAACCCACCUUCUCUAUGUGAUGACAUAGCAACCCACAUAGGUCACUUCAUAUUUUGGGGAAUCCAUAUAUCACAAGGAAUAAUAUUUCCCCAUCACCUUUUCAUCUCUCUUUUUACUCUUUUAGUUCCAUUUUUCUUAUUCACUUUACAUUUCUCCAUCAAUCCCAUAACUUGUAUUUAAGCCCUUCCAUCUCUCCCCUUCAAGAAAACGCACACCCAUCUUCACCAAGAUACAACACUUCAAAAAAAAAAAACAAUCAGCAACGAACCCAAAAAACUCCGUCACUAAAGAUCAUGGACAGGGUGGCAAGGUUGGCGUCGCAAAAGGCGGUGGUCAUAUUCAGCAAGAGCAGCUGCUGCAUGUGCCACGCCAUCAAGCGCCUCUUCUACGAGCAAGGGGUGAGCCCCGCGAUCUACGAGCUGGACGAGGACCCACGAGGAAAAGAGAUGGAGUGGGCCCUCGUCCGGCUCGGCUGCAGCAACCCUUCGGUUCCUGCGGUGUUCGUAGGCGGGAAGCUCGUCGGUUCGGCCAACACGGUCAUGACCCUCCACCUCAAUGGCUCGCUCAAGAAGCUGCUCAAGGAUGCUGGCGCCUUGUGGCUUUAGCGACGGGCUGUGGUUUGGGAAACAGCAGUCGUCGCUAAAAGGGUUUGCAUGGGUUGAUCAAUAACGACCGACUCUCCGUCGCCCUAGAAAAAUUUCCCUUGUUUUUGUUUUCUUUCUUCUUUUUUUCUUUCUUUGCGGCUAUGAAAAUGUGUUGUGGAAAAAAAAAAGAUCUAAACGUAUAGAGGAUUUAGAGAUUAUCAAAAUGUACCAAGAACAUAUGUAUGCCGAAGGACUUUUUGUUCCAACACACGUACGUAUGUAUAAGAUAUGGUCUACUUUCUUUUCUUGAUGCUAUAUAAUGUUGUUAAGAAAUUGACAUCAAUGAGAAAGACACUAGGAUUUUGCAAUAUAUAGCUUGAAGUCGACUUACUAUCCAUUGAUUUUAUUCUUACUAGAUCACGCGAUGCAACCAGUAAAACGUAAAUUUGAUGUCUGACCAACGAGAGUUCUAUUAUUUUUUGUGAACACAGGUGCAAGCAUCACUACUUUGACCAACGAAUUCCAUGAGUUAAUAUAUAUACUUUCAUGUACGCAGGCUAGCUAUAAUAGCGUGACGUACAAAACAGACAAGAUAAAUUUUUGACAAAUUACAAAAUAGCCGUUAUAUGUCGAGCACUAUUAGUAAAUCAAUUAAAAUAUGUCACGAAUUCUAGUUGUAGCAAUGUGCAGAAACUAUGUAUGAUUUAAUUAAUAAUUCCCUUCCAUGUAUGUUAAUGAUAUGAUCAACUCAUCCCAAAGGCUAGAAGAAGAUCAUUUUAUUUGGAACAUGGAAUAUUUGUUAGGUGGUUGUUUGAAAAAAUUUAUGUUCCUUUGAUUCUAAACCGUAGUAAACGUUUGAAAUUCUCCUAGCUGCCUACCUAUUGCCUGCCUACCUUCUAAAAUAUCUAAUGCAAUACCUAAUUUGUUAUAAUUAUACAUAUAAUAUAAUAGUAUUUUUUAGACCGAAGAAUUUCGUGUUAUCAUGUCAGUUUGACUCAAUAGCUUGAAUAGUAAAAAUGACUUAAUAGUAAAUCUUGCAUCAUUUUCUUAAAAUGUGGACGCUAGCUCUUCAACUUGCAGAUCAAUCAUUUCAUGUACUUAACUAUUUACCCAUAAGCUAAACUUUUUUACCAGUCGAAACUUGGAAAUUUGGGUUAUUUUUUAAGACAAGUGUGUUUCUUAUCCCAAAAAUUUGAUACUACUUAGCAUGAGUCCUCGUCUUUCUGUUACAACUAUAUGGUUUUGUAAAAAAAUGAUUUUAAAAAAAAUUAUUAAAUUAUGUUUUUAUUUAAAAAUAAUUUUAUAUCGGUACGAAACUGUUCAGUCUUCAUUGUGCAAUAUACCGAAGAAAAAAGAUUAAAGACUUUAUUGAAAUAAUAAAUAUAUAUUUAUAUAUGCGCAGAUUAAAGCCAUUAUAUAGAAAUAAUAGUGUUUUUUGGGGACAGAUGGACAAUGCAUAGAGGUGUCUUUUUUCCCAAUUCGCAAAUGAGGAAAGAUGCCAACUGAUAGUACCAUAUUGAGGCUUCAGUUUCCAGUUUCGUUAGUGCCACCAAGAGCUUAAAAUUAAAAAGAAAAGGCAAUUAUUGAAUUUGAAUAUUAUAGAAAUAUGAUUCACAUUCAUUUCAUCUUGUCCAUAUGAUAUGAUGGCCUGGUUGGAAUAUAUUCCAAUUUAUCUCCAAAUUAAAUAGACCAAAGAGGAAAUUAUCAUCGUCAACUUGUUUAUAUUAUGGGGUUGAACUUUUAUAUUUAAGAUGAUUGAUAAUUGCAACAGCAAAGAAAAAGAUCAAAGUUCAAGAAGCAUCAGGUGUUAGGCUUAGGCAGCCAUUGGGCUUUGUCUAGCGCCUAGGAGUUUUUGAGUGAAAAUAACAAUUUUAUGACAUUGUUUAUUUUAUCAAUUAAUUUAUAUUAGUAAUUUAUAAUUUAGUCAACCCUCAACAUAAAUCAAAAUAUGUCAUGAUUUCUUGAAAGCACAUGUUUAUAUAAUCAAAACUUUGUAGAAAAUGAAACACAAGUUCAUAAACAAUCAAACAACAAACACUUGAAAACGAGUCCCAUUAAUUCGUCAUUGUCCACAUAGGUUCGUCCAGGCACCACUUCAGUCUUCAGCAUCCUCAAAAGCAAUAUCCUCUUCAUCCUCCUCGUCAUACUUGAAUUCUUCGUCAUGGAUCACUCUCACUCUUGCACUCCUGGGAAGUUAAUUAAAGCUGCUCACUAUUUACCAUUGUAUCUGUAACAACGUUGGAUGGUGCACGCUCUCCCUUCCUCAGCGUCCCUUAACAAAUACAUAGCAUGAUUAUCCCCUCCCUCUAAUAUGAAUCCUUGUGUUUCAUUUGCAUUGGUACUAAGAAUAUCAAAGAAGAGGUUGUUGUAUUUCCUUAUAUGUGAGUCAAGUCCUGAUUGUUCGAGUUUGACCUAGAAUUGAAUUCCAACUUUUUAUCAAGAAAAGGGGAGCGAAGAUGCAUGAAUUGAUGGCUUAAUAGGAGAUGGCGUUGUUUUGGGACCAUUUUUAUGCCUUCUUUUAAUCCUCAAUCUAUCAUGCCAAAAUUUGAUUAAUCUAGGCGCCGCUAGGCGUUAUGAAUGCCUAAGUCUCUGUUUAGGAUCUAAGUGAGGGGUUUUGUCGCUGCCUAUCACCUAGGCAACGCGGAACUAAUACAUUUUAUUAUUUUCUUUUUGUUCUUGGGUAGUUACUCGAGUAGCAAUGGUGGAUUUGCUAGAUGUCAGUCAUUAUCAUUUUCAACGGAUGAGAUUCCUAGAGGGCGGACGUAAAUUCUAUCUAUGAAUCGUAUUAAAUAGUAAUAAGGAUAAGACUCUUGUGAGUUUGAACAUUAAGGUCAACAAUUAUAAAAAAGAGAAGAAUUUUAGAUUGUUUAUCGAUGAAAUUAUACCCGGAUUGAAUUGGAAAUUCGUGUUAGAAUAAGAUUUCUUUUCGGAUUCAAAAUUCUAGAGCUAAAUCCAAUUGGGUUAGGUGAUCUAGUAGAACUAGAAUUAGCAGCUUUAUUUACUACGAGUUAAAUCUUAUUUUAUGAUUGAUACAAACAUCGUUUUCCCCUCGAUUAUUGGUGCCUUUGUUCUUAUCUUGUGUCAAGAAGUUACUGUUCAGUUUUAACUGCACGAGAAUGAUUAAUUCCUGACAAAUGAUGAACAGUUUCCUAGUGUGCUUGAUUUGGUGCAAUCAUCAAAGGACAAGCAAAAGGUUAGAAAUUUAUUUGAAAAAAAAAAAUUGGUGAAUAAUUGAGCUUUUCUUUUGUGAUGGGUCCAAGGAGUAAAAGAAAAAAUCGUACCCAAACAAAGACCAUCUUUUUGUCAAAUUGCUGGACUUUGCCUUGCCUUGGCCCAGAGAGAGGACCCGGCCCAAAUUAAUGGAAAUGACAUGAUAUGACAAGUUAAAGGUGAAAGAGAGCAAAAGGUGUUUUUGUCUGUAGAAAUGGAACUGUCCGAAAUGACUUUCUACCAAAUGUGUUUUUGUGGGACAUGAUUUUCUCCCCCCUGUUUAUGUUUUCUUCUUGACAUUAUCAAUUUCUUGCCAACAACCCAUGUUCAAUUUAUUUGUUUGCAUGUGUCGAAAUGUAAACCGUACGAUUUCACGAAGGUCGCAUCCACAUUUUACGAACAACAUUGUACAUGUUUAAAAUAAGCAAAAAAAAAAAUAUUGACGCUCGAACGUAACGGUCUCGUGAUUGCAAUGUAGACUUAGUGUCACCUCAAGGAAUGAUGAAUUUUCCCAAGUACAUUGUUUGCUGUUUAAGUUCAAAUUAUUGCCCUUAUAAGUAAGAAAAAGAAGCUUUUUGAUUGAGAUUUCACUAAAUAAUCCACAAGCCAAACCAAAGAUUCCUUUUCUCCCUUGUCCGAGAGACACCAACCAACCGAGCAUUACUGUGGGCUGUAAUAUUUUUGUAAUUUUGUGCAGGCUUCUUUCAGGGCCCAUACCCAUCUAGCCCAACUAACAAUAACACAAUUUUUUUUUUGUCCUAGUCUUAUUUUGUGAGCUUUCAUUUAUGCAGUAAAAAUGUAAAAGUAUAAAUGUAGUAACAUAAAAUCAUGUAGUGACUACAUUCAUGAAGAGGGUUUCUUUGUACAUAUAAAUCCUAAUCUGUCUCCAAUUGGAUGAAGGCAACUAUAAAGUCCUAAUCGAGUAAUACUCCCACGAAGAGAGAGAUGGAAGAAUGAGAUACAAGAAGUUGUUAACCAAGGUAGACAACCUUCGGUCUUACUGUUCGAGCGAACCGAACCGGCUCAAAUCUGAUGCCAUAAGCGAUCGUCAGUCACUCAGCAGUUAUGCAGUGGAGUUCGUUUAUGUUUUCUGCAUCUUCAAGGCGAAGAUACUUCUAUGCUUCUUCUAUCUACCUUUUCUUUUAACCUCUUGCUCCCGGUUCACAAAUUUUUUUUUUUUGCCUCUACAACUCAUAGCGGAGUCAAGGCCAAUUGAAUGUGUCUCGGGACACAGGCAAUUUUUGGCUAAAAUAAAAUAUCCAUAUAUAUAUAUAUAUAUGGCGAGUUCUACGGUACCUUGGGUAAAAUCCGGGGUACCGCAUACCUUGAGUAUGAAAACACUAUCUAGACCUUGAAUUGACCGAUCUUUCAGACAUGAUACUAUACUCUAACCCUUAAAAAUCAAAAUCUAGGUCAUAAUUCUCCCAAUCUUAUACUCCAAGAUCAAUUUGAUUAGAAACAAUAAUCGACGGUUCUGAUUCGUCCAAAUAUAGGCACAAAGAAGAAAGCAUCAUCUUAGGGUUUAUAGAUUAUGAUUUAGAUAAUUAGGACCUAGGGUUCACUCAUUAAGGGUUAGGGUAUAGUAUCAGACCCAAAAAUCCUGCUAAUUCGAGGUCUAGAUACCGUUUCCAUAGUCAAGGUAUGCGGUACCACGGAUUUCACCCGAGGUACCGUAGAAGGCACCAUAUAUAUAUAUAUAUCAAUUAAGGAUUGCACUCAUCAGCUUUAGGUAAUAUAAAAGUGAAUUAUCACUACUUAUUUCAAGUUUAAAAGCUAACAUAACCUAAUUUAUCACACUAUAAACAAAAUUCAUAAUACUAAAAAAUCGAUCUCUCUGCCUUCUGUAGUUAGUUUUGACUCUACUCGUUGCAACUGCACGUGUAAAAAGAACAUUUUCAGCUUUGAGCUUUAUGAAAAACAAGUUUGAAAGUCGGAUUACGACCAAUUUGCUAAUGGUUGCUUAGUCGAAUACAUUGAGAAUUUGAAAACGUGUUGUAAGUGCUUAUGAAAAUAAUGAUUGUGUUAGUCUAGUAUUUCAUUAAUAUCUAUCAAUGAAUUAUUUGGAUAUUAUUAGUUUUAAUUAUAUUUAUUAAAUAAUUUUUUAUUUAUUUCAUAUUUAUAUUAUGGAAAUAUGACACAGGUACUUUCAAACUCUGGCUCCGCCACUGCUACCACUAAAACAGUCGCCAAUCACCAUAAGUUUUCAAAUUUUUUUUUUUGUAAAUACAAUAUAUUAGCCACAACUAUUAUGAAGCGGGAAAUUAUAGCCACAACUAUGGAAAUUCAAAUUAUUAGCCAAAUGUUAACUAUUUGUUAACAAUUUUGUUAAUAAUAGUGACUUUAACCUUUAUGUUUUAAAGUUAUAAAUUAAAAGCAUUCCGCCGUGACCGCUGCCGUGGCCGAUGACAUGACCUUCUCCGUCAAAAAUUCAAUAACAGUAACAGACAGUUAGCCAUAUCUUGACCCGCAACAAUAGUUAUGGCUAAUAAUUUGAAUUUUCAUAAUUGUGACUAUAAUUCCCCGCUUCAUAAUAAUUGUGGCUAAUAUAUUGUAUUUACUUUUUUCAGCAUAACAAUGCAAUGAUGCUCGACUCUUUUGGCCUUUUAAGCUUGAUUAUGGUUCCACAACUAGUCAAACAUAUCUCCCAUCAAUAAUUAGAGAAAAAAAAACUCCAUUUUCCUCCUAUGAACCCGGACCAAGGUUGUUAACUCGCGGGUUGAUCCGACCCGGUCGAAUUUGUGGGUCAAGGGUUAAUGGGUCACCCGAUUUAGCCCGGUUUAGCCCAAAAAUAUGAAAAGAGUCAUUAUAUUGUACUUAUUCUGAUAAAUUAUAUCAAAUCUCAUUUAACAUAUGAGUUAUAACUUAUAAUAUUACACCAAAAAUAGCAAGUCGUACUUAGAUCCAACAUAUAGUGAAAAUUCACAUACACUUAUAUAACAUCAAUAUUCAAAUAUUCAACUUAGGAUUCCAAAGAUUGAGUUAUGCGUAAAGCAAAAUCAGUAAAUAGGCGCAUUUCGCAAACCAAAGAAAAAAAUGACACAAUUUGACCUCCAACCCGCUAUCUUGCAACGUUCGACCCGGCGGGUGUGUGCGACCCGUUUUUCUCAUCGGGUCAGGGUCAAAUUGGGUCGACCCGCGGGUUGACAACCUUGACCCGGACUAAACCAAUCGUUAAUCCUUCAUCCAUUUACUCAACCGGACCAUCGAUCGAACCGGAUUGACCACAAAGUGUGGCUCUCGUCUCGUAUCGUGGAUUAAUUAGUCGCGAAAAGUGGACAGUAAAUCCUUUUCAAGGAGGACGGCAAGUUGAUGGAAGUUGGUCAACCAUCACAUACCACAAUUCUUUUGCCACGUGCCUGGUAUGAACAGCAGCGACGGUGGUCAAACAAAAUUUUGGUAACCUUUGCCUUUUUGACCACGUAAUUUCUGCCCCACUUUAAUUUUAGCCCAUAUAUGUAACCGCUCCCCCAGUAUAUAAAUAAUUCAAUAUAUUUUUACAAAAAAAAUAUAUAUAUAUAUUCUUCUUGCAUUCUUUUUUUUUUUAUAUAUAUAGAAUUCUUCUUGCAUUCUUAACCAAACCUAAUUAUAUCAUUAAGAAAUGAUGUCCACAAAAAAAAUAUCGCAGAAUUGUCAUUAGGAUUUAGGAUUAUUUUUUCACUUCUGGAUAGUAUUGGGUUGGGGUGGAGACCGCUAGCUUUACUAGCUAUAUACCGGGUAAAAUACCUCGGAUACCACUUAAGUUUCAGAAUUGGGGUAUGCAUACCACUUAAGUUUGAAUAGGGCGUCGGGUACCACUGAACUCUAUUAUUUGUGCACCCGGUACCACUUAAGUUUAAUGUUUAGUGCAUUCCGUUAAAGUUGAUAGAAUAUUCUGUUUUCUAAAUUUCUUAAUUGGUCCUUCUACUUUUCUUAUUGUAAAUUAUCAUUUUUUACUUAUGAAAAAUAUCAAUUUUUAUUAUUUAAUUGGUAUCCUAUUUUGAAAACUUGAUACCAAAUUAAUUUUUGAAUAGAAAAUUUAAAAUCAA